AUGCCGGGGGGGAGAACGGGGGGCAGUGGCGCUGCUGCCACCAAGCGCUCUGAGGCCAGCGAAGAGGCAACUCAGAGAGAGGAGGAGCCCGAAGAUGAUGGUGAUGAAGAUCUGCGAGACGGUGGAGUUCCUUUCUUUGUGAACCGAGGAGGGCUACCCAUUGAUGAGCCCACCUGGGAGAGAAUGUGGAGACACGUGGCCAAGAUCCACCCUGAGGGAGAAAUGGUGGCUCAAAGGAUUCGAGGAGCCACAGACCUACCCAAGAUUCCCAUACCGAGUGUGCCUGUGCUCCAGCCGUCCACCCCCAUCCCUGAGCGCCUGGAAGCCAUACAACGCUACAUCAAGGAGCUUCAGUACAAUCAUACUGGGACGCAGUUCUUUGAAAUUAAGAAGAGCAGACCUCUGACCGGGCUGAUGGACCUGGCCAAAGAAAUGACCAAAGAGGCCCUGCCAAUCAAAUGCCUGGAAGCUGUGAUCCUGGGAAUUUACCUCACCAACAACAUGCCCACACUGGAGCGUUUCCCCAUCAGCUUCAAAACUCACUUCUCAGGGAACUACUUCCGCCACAUUGUGCUGGGGGUGAACUUUGGGUGGCGCUAUGGGGCACUGGGCAUCAGCCGGCGAGAGGAGCUCAUGUACAAGGCGCCCACCUUCCGCACACUGAGCGAGCUGAUCUUCAACUACGAGGAGGCAUACCACCGCUGCUGGCACGUCCUCAAAAAGGUGAAGCUGGGCCAUUGUGUGUCCCAUGACCCACACAGUGUGGAGCAGAUUGAGUGGAAGCACUCCAUUUUGGACGUGGAAAAGCUGGGCCGUGAGGACUUCCGCAAGGAACUCGAGAGACAUGCCCGGGACAUGAGGCUAAAGAUCGGCAAAGGAACAGGGCCACCAUCUCCCACGAAGGAUAGGAAGAAAGAUGUGUCCUCCCCACAGCGGGUCCAGUCCAGUCCGCACCGCCGCAACAGCCGUGGGGAGAGGCGGCUGUCUGGUGAAAAGAAGCCUGCCGAAUCCAAAGCCAUGCCAGACCUCAAUGGUUAUCAAAUCCGGGUGUGA